AUGUUUUCAAUUUUCCUUGUUGUUUGUGUGAUUGUGGGUGCCUUAGCACAAGUACCAAGACCAUGUGUAUCACCGCCUCAGUGGGAGGGACGUCUCUUUGAUUAUACUAGUGAUAGUUCAGAACGAUUUAGCAGACGAGGUCGAUUAAGCUAUGAUGCUGUUUAUCAACGAGAACGUUUAAUUGAAGAAAUUGAUGUAGGCAAUCAAACGGCCGAAUACUACGAUGUCAUUGCAUUAUUUCAAGCAAGAAUAGAAUUUGUGAUCAGUUUAAGAUCACGCAAUUGUACACGUCGUACAAUUAACCGACCAUUUAGACAGUUUGGUAUCGCACCUGAUGCGCGUUCAUAUGGUGAAGCUUAUGUUGGCACAAGUAGUGGUCCAGGUGCAGGCUUAUUGGUAACAAUCUGGGGAGGAAAUUUUACAACACCUCAGAACGAGACAAUAUAUUAUAUAGGAACAUGGACGUAUGAACAAUGUAUUCCGAUACAACAGACCUAUUUUACUCCAGCACGUGGUGUUUUCCAUGAUUCUAUAUAUGAUGUCACUCCGGGUAUCAGUGAUCCAGAUGUGUUUAUACCACCAAGACAAUGUUUGACCGAUGAAGAAUAUAAAAUGCGUCAUCAAUUAUUUGGUAAAGCUCCAAUGCCAAAGAAAUAG